UCCAAAGUCUCGAUAAGGGUUUUUACUCAUUUUUUCCCUUCCCAAGAAUAAAAAUCGAGAGUUCAAAGAUUGACGAUUCAAAUCAAUUAAUGGUUUGACAUCCGAAAAUCGCGAGCACAGGUUUGGUGGGUAUUUACCUCUUGCUGAUUGAAAGAGAUGAGAUUGAGAAGAAGGGAUGCACAGGCUAUCAAAAGAGCAAAACCUAUGAUUCCAGGUCCCCUUCCUAAAGAACAAAUAUUAGAACACAAGAAGAAAAUUGGCCUUUGGGGAAUAACACUACCUUCAGCAAAUGCAACCGUUGUUGGAAAAGUAUUUUUGAUUCUAACAAAACACGCUAAUGGUCUCCCCGGAUUAAAUGAUAACCCCGAGACAAUUCAAAAAGGGAAAGUUUUUUGGUCACCUGUGAAGCCGGUACAUUUUGGUCUGAAGCUAAGUUCAAAAUCUUUGUUGGGCAUUUCAGGAUUACAUUUGGAAUAAUCCUAGGUAUUUUAGGAAGAAUGGCCUUUCUGGUGUGACGGAUGCUUCUUUUGAAAUAUCCUUCAAUCUUUACCUUAUGUAAUUUCGGCAAGAAUGGCCCUUCUGAAGAGGAAGUGGAAAGUGCUUCAUUCAAGAUGUGCUUUAUUGGACAUGGAUUUAGCAAUGAGAGUCUUGCUGCAAAUGGAAACUCAAAACCUGACAUAGUAGUUAUAACGAGAAUAAUCAGAAGAAAAAGGGUUAUGUAACGAAUCUGGUUAGUAUGAUUCCGUGUGCUCUUGUACUUCUUCGCGAAAGAAACAAUUUAUCAAAGGGGGGAGUAUCUUGUACUCAAUGUAUUGUAUUUAGCCCAACUGUUCUGCAACAAAGACUUCAACAAAAUGGAAUAUCUUUAGAUAUCAACUCGAAAAUCAUGCUAUCAUCUUGACUGGUGCAGCUCAUUAUUUGGUCCACCUCUAAAGAAUCCGAACAGAAUCUCCGCGAUCAGAACACUUCACUCCUCAAAAAACUAAAGGAAAAAGACAAACUCAUCGAACAAUCUAAGAAUGAAGCUGAAGAACGAGCGAGGGAGGAUUGUUUGCGAGCUGAAGAGUUGGAAUGUGAUUUGGUUAUUCAUCAGAUGGAGUCGAAGAAAUCUCAGCAAGAGAACGCACAAGCGACCAAAAGAGCAAAGCCUGUGCUUAAAACAAUCAACUCGGAGAGUAUUGUCUCUUGUUGCUGAAUUGAUGUCUCUAGAAGAGGACACAGAGCAUCUAAGGGUUAACCUCGACAGAGCUGAAGAGGAGGGUAAACUACUAUCUGUUGAAAAUGGCAUAUUGGAAAAGGAGAACAGAAGGUUAGUGAUGAAAUACAAGGAAAGGAGUCAUACAGAAUCUGGUGGAAAGCUUACCAAUAGUUCAUCUGCGAAGUCAAACAAGAGAAAGUCCAGUUCCAAGACAAGUAGCUCGAUGGCGAAGAAGGUUGAUUUUGAUGAUUUGGAUUCAGUAUCACCUAGACAAGCUUUGUCACCCUUGCAAAGUAACUCUGUACAUGUGGUCACCACCAUUGUCUAGAUUCAUCUUCCUCUAACCAGACAACUGUUUUGAUGAUCUUUCAAAGUGAUCUAUAUGUAGUUUGGCACGGUUACUAUAUUUUUCAUUUGCUGAAGUUGGUUUUGAUUCUUAAAACCAUGAAAAAACAGUGGGUGUUAUGUGCCUGAAAAACCUCGACAUAGUUAUGCAGUACCUGAAAAAUCUUUACUAGUAAAGAUUAAUUUUUCAAAAGAAAUUGAGGAAUCCAUUUCCAUUUAGGAGUGUAUAAUAAAAUACAAAAAAGGUACUUAAGAAACUGAUUGACAUUAAAUGAACAUUUAUACACCAAAUUUAUUAGGGGUCUUCACCGGUCCGGGUGACCCGUUUAACCUUGUAACUCAACCCGAACCAAACUACAUUUACCCAAACUUUGAGUCUAACUCGAGCCAAUCCAUUCAAAUUUGUAGUACUUUGAUUCGGGCAACAGACUAAUGAUUUUAAAUUCGUGAACCCGCGAACCUAUCCCGUUCAAAAAGUUCAAAAAGUUGUUAGAUUUUUUGCUUUCUAUAAUAUAGUUCAAGACCUUUAUACCUUGAUGCUGAUGAGGAUAUUAUAGUUCUAUGUUUUGUCCCUGUGUUAUGAAAUUUGAUGUGCUAGAAAUAAGAAAUAUUUUGAGGGGACUGAUGUUGAUGUGACUGCCAUUGUUCAAAAAGCACAAAGAUCUAUUGUGAAUUUUAAGAGUGCGAAUACAGUGUUGUUGGAGGCACUAAGUGGAGGUCCAAUUUUGCGGGUAUCUGAUGUUCAUUGUACACCUCCUUUUAGUGGCUUCUAUAAGCUUAAUGUUGAUGCAGCAGGUCCGAUAGAAGAGGGUAAGUGGGGUAUUGGUGUUGUGGUAAGAGAUAAUGAAGGUGUUGUCGUAGCUGCUAGCUGCUGGAAAGUCUUUUCUUGACUAGACUCAGAGGUUGCAGAAGCUUUAGUUAUGCGGAAGGGUUUGGAGUUUGUGAAAGACAUGUGUUUUAUGAAUCUUAUAGCAGAAUCAGAUGCUUCUAAUGUGGUCUUGGCGUUGAAUACUCAUCAACAAUCUUAGCUAAACAUGCUCUUCAUAAUUUAGAUUGCAUAUGGAUUGAAGAGACUCUACCUUGUAUUUA